UGUAAUGUGAUUGUUCAUUGAAUUUUCGCGCCGACCUUUUAGCGCGUAUGACGACGCGCGCGCAUAAAUUAGCCGCUUGUUGUUUAAUUUGGCGCGGGUUUUUGAUGGCCUCUAGCUCUCAGUGAUUCGAUGGCAGCUGCUUGCCGGGACGACGAAGACGCUGGGGAUACAAGUGGGAAGGCUAGAGCGGCCAAUCCAAGGUCCACCCUGUCGACCGCCGGGGUACAAUCGCUGCUUUUCGGUCAUAUUGACCUUUGUGCUGUGUCAUCGUCACACGAUGUAGUGGAGAAAUCCCCGGGGCCUCCCCUCAUUCUUGUGAUAUCCGACGACGACGAAGACUCGGAGCUGGAGGUGUCGUCCAACCGGAGACCUGUCAGGUGUGGAGGUGGCCAGCGGAGUGGUGCAGCUCGGCUCAGGUCUUCUGCAGGUUCACCCAUUGUCAUUUCUUCUGAAGACGAGGAGGAGGAAGAGAGCAUGUCGCUAAAGAGGCCUCCCCAUCACUACCACUACCACUCUAACUCCCAUCCCCACCUCAACCACAUUGGGACUGGGGGUGGGGCACACAGGAGCCGACUUCAACGCAGCAGGUCUCGAUCCCCACACAGACGCAAGCAGCACAGUGUUGGGCCUGGUCUUGGGCAGAAUCGGGUAGACCCCAUUGUUAUCUCCUCUGAUAGUGACACCGAUUUUCACCGCUCCAGAUCACAUUUCAAAUCGUCCUCACGUAACUACAAUCGUCUGUUUGAUGGACCAUCCCAGCACUCCCUGCAUUACCCCCCGCAGUAUGCAAGGCACCGACCAGCAAUGACUCCUCCCCACCCUCUUCCCUCUCGUUACGUAAAACACUCCUCUAAACGGAGGCACCAUUCUAGCAGCCCACAUGGGACUAAGAAACCGAGGAUUUCCCACCAUUACCUGUUUAAUGAUAGGGACUCUCUCGAUAGACGGAGUGUUCCAGUGUCCCCCCACCGGCAGAUCAGUUCUUCUCGUGAGCAGUAUGUUACUUCCCACCAUCGAGACAGCAGGAUAUCACCUCGUGGCAAAGGCAGUGUGAUGUCACCUACCAGUCUAUCACAUGGGAGUCCACCUCACUGGAAGACAAUUUCACACCUCCACCACAGAGCUAAUGGCAGCACUUCCCACAUCAGAGUGACUCCGCCACCAUCGUCAGCAUAUGCCAGCAGCUCAAAAGUAAAGACAGAGUACAGGUCACCUGAGGAGGCAAGGUACCGUUUGCCCCAUCACACCUUCGGCUCACCCCCAGACAAUCUUCCCCUGCACGUACCGCUCGUCAAACAAGAGCACCUCGUAAGGGAACUCUCUCCCACUCCCUCGCCACCUCCUCCACGCUCACCACCAUCACCACACUCUCCAAUGCAACCACCACCACCACCAGCACCAUGUACUCCUCCUUCCCACGUGUCGUCUCACAGCACAGACCCACCUAGUGGCUGCAUUCCGAGGAAAAGUCCGCUGCUAAUGACACUCUCUCUAAAGAAGAAGAGAAGAAGGCUAUUUACCGAGGAGGAUGGAAACAGAAAAAGGGAGCUUAAUAUCAAGAAAGAAAGCGAACCACCAGUUAGUAAGGUAGACACUGAGAGACGAAGAAAAUCGAUUGGUGAUAGAACACCUAGUCACGAGGCAAUAACAAGCAGAAGGCCAAGUAGCGAGACAAAGAGAGGGAGGUCGGGCAAGAGUCUAUUUUCAUAUGACUCCACGCCAGAGAUUUCUCCAGUACAGAAGAAGGGGAAGAGAAAGUCGUCAGUCAGGCUCUCCGGUGGUCAGGGCAGCAGCAGACAAACACGACUGGAGAGGUACUUCCCAGACGACAGAGACAUCACGCCACCUCUGGUGCCCGACAACCUCUUCUCCCUUGGAGCUGUUGGUGAGAACCACCGAGACCUUGUGGCUCCUGCGAUGGGCCGAGCUCCUCAUGUGGUGCUGAAGUCCCCGGCAAAGCCAGGUUGUGGAGCUUAUGUAUCUGGUGGUGGGAGUGCACCGAGGCACCGCGUAGCUCACCCGUUGGUUUCCUAUCCUCAUCCUCAGUCUCCCACGCCCAGGGUGAAACGAGAACCUAGCAGCACGCUAGAGUCUGACUCAGAGGAAGAGGACAAAGUCAAACCGGCCCUGCCACCAUCAUACUCACCACUGUCAGCAACUUCGUUCAGUUCUGACGACAGAGGGACCAAGUGUAGCAGGCCGGAGAGUCUCCCGCAGCUCUCAGUAGCAUCGUCGUCGUGUGCUGUACACAAGUCGCAGACUCCAUCGCCCUUACUUCCACGUGGAGAACGUACGGACCACCGAGAUGCUAGUCUAUCUCCGCCAUCUGUACCGCCUGCUGGGCAGGACACUGCGAUCCCUGCCUGGUCAGAGACUGAGCUGGAGAUGAAGGGAGAGAAUCAGUCAGUGUCUCCAGAUCUCCUAGGAGUGGGAAUGUUUGGGGUCGACAGGACUGGACCGUGUACCGACUCAGCCUUUCCUCCGGCUCCCAAGAGCAGCUGGAACUAUGUGGUGGUCCAUAUGGACACACAGAGACGCAGAAGAGACAACACGAAAUUCGUCGAGUCGCUCGAAGAGAUAGUUAGCAAGGGAUUCUGCAUUCCAGAUGCCCAGAUUGGGGUUAUCCUGAAGCACAUACAGUGUGUGUCUGAACCGUUCCUUCUCCUUCGUCUACACUCUGUACUGACUGUGGACGCUAGCUCUAGACGUAGCGUGGGUCUUUCUUCCAGGGAAGUCUGGAGCCUCAUCGAAGACUGCUGCCUGCAGUUUCCCAGCUCGGGGACUCCCUCCAGUCCCCCUCGGCAGUCUGCCCACGUGGUCCUGGUCUACCUGGUCUCUCUACUGGCAACAGAUGCUGCAACAGCAGCCACUAAUGUUGGCAGGGUGGCUCUGAUAGAGCAGACCCUGUCUCCAGGUGCCCACUGGCGCCAUGUCAGGGUCAUGGUGGACCUGCUCUUUGAACAGCUGGUCCGACCUCCUCCGUCGUCUGCUCUUCCUGAUCUCCUUCCUCUCUUGGCGGUGCUGCUCUCCAUGUGUGCGUCGUUUGCUUCCAGAAGGACUGGGUGUGGGGAUGGAGCGAUGCGUCUGGCUCGUGAACUCUCCUCGAGAAUGUCAAAACUCUCAUCUGUGCAGCUCAAGACGGACUUUCUUCUUCUCAUUCCCUGCCACUCACUCCGUGAGAAGGUUGUAAACAUCCACCUCCAGAAGGAAUUCCCUCUACCCACCUUGCUUAGCCACACCCCUGUACCUUCUGAUCACGUUACUCUUGAACUCAUCGCUGGCACUCACUUCCACCGCUGUCCCAGUCGCAGGGAUGGGUCUCCUCAAGAUCUCGCCUUCUUCCUCUCCCUUCUCUUCCACCUCCUGCACUCUCACUGCUCAAGGCUGCUAGGCCCUGCCGCUGCUGGUACUCUCUCCUUCUCUCACCGUCUCCAAUCUCCCUCGUCUUGUUCACCUACCACUGCCACCUCCACCUCUCACCCACCCCCAUCUCCCUCCUGCACACACACACCCUCCACUGCUUCAACCUCUACCUCCUACCCUUUCUCCUCUCCCUCUUCCUCACAUCCACCACCCACUACGUCUACCUCCACAAACUUUUCCCACCCUCACCAACCAUCUCCCUCUUCCUCCCAUCCACCCUCCCCAACUUCUACUUCCACCGCUCUAUCACCCAUCGACCUGGCCAGGAGACUCGAGCCCAUUUCGAAAGAGAUUCGGCAACUGUUUCAGAGGCUAUCGCAGGACGAGGCCCUCUUGCAGGAGAUGACCUCUCCUGACUGCUGGUUCCACCUCCAGCUUCUCCAGAACAUGUUCUCCUGCUACCAUAUCACUGAAUGAGGAUUCCCUCCUUUGUUUGUUUUGUGUUUGUGUCAUUUUUAGACUCUGCCUGAGUGUUGUGACAGAGUAU